UUAUAGGAGAAACACCAAACAGCGAACACCUCAGAAAGCUCAAGACAAAAAUAGUAUUCUCAUCUUCCAAAAGAUUCUUCUGUUGUCUGCUUCGUGUGAUAGUUGUGAACGACGUUGCAAAUCUAAUUGAUCUGGACAAAGCGAUAUCGCUGUUAUUAUUCUGAGUGAGUCACAAAGGAAGAAAUUAGAUCUAUUCAUUCUGAUCUGGAAUAAUAUUGUCCGCUUCGAACUAAAUUACACCGCAGUUUAGCCAUGCAGAAUGUGAUUAACUCAGUUAAGGGGACAGCCCUGGGAGUAGCCGAAUAUUUGACUCCGGUGCUGAAGGAGUCCAAAUUUAGAGAGACCGGAGUUCUAACACCGGAAGAAUUUGUAGCCGCUGGAGAUCAUCUGACGCAUCACUGUCCUACCUGGGCCUGGGCUAUCGGUGACGAAGCCAGGGCCAAGCCGUACUUGCCAAAAGACAAGCAAUUUCUUAUAACGCGGAACGUGCCAUGUUACCGACGCUGCAAGCAGAUGGAGUACGUUGGUGAGGAAACGUUAGUUGAAGAGAGCGAUCAGGAUGGGGGCUGGGUGGAAACACAUCACUACAAUCCGGAUGGAGCCAGUGGUUCUGGUCUGGAAGAUAAGGUUUGUGAGAUGACGCUGGAUAGUUCCAAAACGGACGAAGACAUUGCCGCCGACAUGGACGAUCCGAAGAACAUGAACAGCGACGGGGAAGGUGAGGAUGACGAUGACGAAGGGGCUGCCAUCGAUAUGGAUGAGUUCGAGGAGAGCGGGCUGCUGGAUGAAGUUGAUCCAUCGUUGGCUACUGUUCCGGUGGAGAGUGUGAAGAAAAAGACAUCUGUCGUUGAGGGUGAUUCGGUUGUUCACACGAGAACCUAUGAUCUGCACAUUACCUACGACAAGUACUACCAAACGCCGAGGCUGUGGGUCGUUGGAUACGAUGAGAAUUGCAAACCAUUGACAGUGGAACAGAUGUAUGAAGAUGUAAGUCAGGAUCACGCCAAAAAGACGGUAACAAUGGAAACUCAUCCACAUCUGCCUGGGCCGAAUAUGGCUUCUGUUCAUCCAUGCAAACAUGCUGACAUUAUGAAGAAAAUCAUUCAAACCGUAGAAGAGGGCGGUGGCGAGUUAGGUGUCCACAUGUAUCUUAUUAUCUUCUUGAAGUUUGUUCAAACGGUAAUUCCAACGAUCGAAUAUGAUUUUACGCAGAAUUUCAACAUUACCAACAAGUAAAGCGCACAAAGCGACACAUUUGACGAAAGGAAAACAAAUAAAAAACAUCAGCCAAAGUUUUACAUACAUGAAAAAUCACAUUCGCACCUCUCAUAUGAUGCAAAAAAAGAUCUGCGUGGACACCUACCUAUUGAGCAACUCAGAUUAAAAAGCUGCUUCGAAAGUUUAUGCCGAAACCUGCUUUGACAAGAUGUACGCUGCAAACACCACAAUAUUAUUAACGAAUGGAAAGAGCAAUUACGAAACCGAGACCAGAAUGCAUGCAAAGAUGAUGGUUGAUGUAAAAAUCAUUUGAGAAAAAUAAAUAUAUUAUUACGGUAA